AUGGCUGCUGCGGCCAAGCCCUUCGUGGAUCAUUACGCUGCGCUGGGCUGUUCUCCGGACAGCUCCCUGGAGCAGCUGAAGAAGGCCUACCACGAGAAGCUUCGAGAGUUCCACCCUGACAAGCGGCCGUGGAGUGCAGGGGGCUAUGGCCAGAACGUGACUCAGUCGCUGAAUGAGGCUUGGGAGGCUCUACGAUUCCCGGCUCUCCGCGAGGCAUACGAUGUCAUCUGGCGCAGAGAAAAGGCGCCGCCGGAGCCUCCUCCGCGGCGAGACCGUAGCAGCAGCAGGAAGAGGCAUGAACCUGCUGAACCUGAGAGCAGGGCGAAGGAGUCAGAGAAGCAGGAGCAGGAUCAGGAGGAGGCCAGGGCCAAGGCAGAAGCUAAGCUGCAGGCAGAAGCCCUGCGGAGUGAAGGCAACGAGCUCUAUCGGCAGGCGCAGGCCAUGCUCCGGGAAGCAGGCGAUGAUGCUGACAGCCUUCCCGACCGCAUGGCUGCCAUGCAGAAGUUUCGCAUCGCUAUCAAGAAGUACAGCGAUGCCAUGAAGUUAACACCAAGCAACUACAGACUCUGGAGCAACAGAGCCCUGUGCCACUCGGCAUUGAAGGACUGGGACCUCUGCCGGGAGGAUCGGCUUGCGGCACUCCGGCGCCUGGCGCUGCCGUCGCAGUUGUCUGAGGAGGUCAGGCGACGGGGAGUCCACAGCGCCAAGGUGCGCCAAGUCCUUGGUGCGCUGCCUGGCCUUCAAGCAGAGGUCGCUAAGUUCUCGGUGCGCAGCGGACCACGGCGAGGCUUCGUAGGCCGCCUUCUGGAUCCAAAGCUUCCAGUGGAGCGGCGGUGCGUGGUGGUCUACUGCCCCAGCGAGCGGGAUGGCGGCGCAGGAGCGGAGGAGUGCUUGGAGCUUUGUCCCGAACUGCUCCCGCUCGGCAUUGCCAUCUUCGCCAUCGACGUGAGCUCGAAUGGGACAAGCCACUGCCUGGAGCAGGACGUGGCAGCGGCCAUCGAGAUGUUGCGGCAAGGCCAUAAAGCCAUCGCGCCUUAUCCUUACGUGGCCCUCUGGGGGCGCUCCGCUGGUGCAGUGGCGGCCUUGCAAGCGGCGAAGGACCCCACACUGGCUGCGAUCGUGUGCGACAGUGCUUACUCCGAUCUGGCAUCCUUGCUGGAAGUGCCGGGGGUGCUGUCAGCUCCACUGGCAGGCCUUUGCCAGCUGGCAUCUGGAAGCUGGCUACUGGGUCCUGGAACCGAAUCCAGCACAUCACCUACAGAUCCCAUUGAGUAUGCCAGGUCCUGCUUUGUGCCUGGGCUCUUCUUGCACGCGGCCGAAGAUGAGCUGUUGUCCUCCGAUCAUGCGAGGAAUCUGCGGCAAGCUCACAGCGGAGAGGCGCAGCUCUUGACCAUGAGCCGCACUCGUCACGAUUCUGCCCGGCCGAACGAGGCGAUCUCAAGAGCAGCCCUGUUCCUCUCUAGGGCCUUUGGCCUUGAAAAUAAGGCGGUGUCACGCCUGGCACUCUACUUGUCGAGGCUCCAUCCUGAUGAUGCAACGGACAAGAUUGACCGGGAAGCCGCCAAGCUUCUGGCAGCGCAGGAGGUGCAGAAGCGGCGCUGGGGGCUCUUGAUGAAGGCUCUGAAUCAUUGCCCUGCGUACCACGGAGCCUCCUUUACGCGAGCAACGGCCCGCGGUGUGAGGCCUUCAUCACCAGCAGGCCCGGACUAUGUGAAGUACGCCAUUCUGGUCACGCUGCCCUCUGCAAGCAGCGAGGUCUGCAUUGCUUGGGCGUCCGAGAUGACUGCAGAGAAUGCUGAGAAUCGAAGACUUGGCACAGUCCACUUUGCCAACAUCUCUUGCUCGUGCCUGAGUUUGACCCGCGCUACCGUCCACGAGGACGAGACAAACCAGACGGUUCACUUGGAGGACUUGGCCGUGCAGGAGUCAAGCCUCGUGCCGCGAGAGAAACCAUACACCAUGCUGCUGGCACUGGCUGACUCCGGCCGUGUUGAGAUGAAGCUUGGCAAUUGCAGUGUGCAGUGGGGUCGUCUCAACCAGGACACCGGUUUCAUCGCCAGCUUGUCCUUGUGGUCUGCCAGCUUCGGCGGCACAGGGCUGGUUGAGUUCAAGGACGAGCUUCUGCCACGACAGCCAGACAGCCGAGGUUGCAAGGAGAAGCUUUCGGGAUCGGAGCCCGAGCACCACUUCAUCGGUACGAAGCAGGUGCAGGACCCCUCGAAGGAGGUAUCGCUGCUGGAGAGCUUGCCGGGCUCCGCGGCGGAGCUUGCUUGGCACAUCUACAACAAGCAGCAUCACGGGUCGCUUCACAAGGCGAGGCCACCGGAGUUGGAGUUGCCCGGAACGCUCCCCGACGAGGAUCGCACGGCUCUGCAAUCCUUGGGGAGGCAGUGCCGGGGGCGCAAUGCCAGCGAGUUGUCGGUGCAGAGCGAGCUGUCCGCAGGCACUUUCCUCUCCAAAGCCGCGGACAGCUUGGCCCUGUCCCUUUCGACAGUCCAGAGUGAAGAAGCUGAUGGUCGCCUGGAGGACUUGCAGGAUGAAUGCAGUCAAUCCUCGCUGCACUUCCAGCCUCCUGCGAGAGCGAACACGCAGGAAGGAUCUGUCAGCGAAGCAAGCGAAGGAUCUGGAAUCGGCCACGGGCUGGCGCGGAGCCACACCUGGCCAGAUCUCCAGGAGCCAUGCUUGUAUGCAUCCACGCAAGGCCGCCGCCACACCUGGAGUUGUUUGGACACAGCGCUGCCAAUUCUACACAUAAACGAUGUCGGAGUCGCUUGGGAGAUCGCUGAGAUCAGACAGCUUCACUUCAAGCCGCCAGCUGGUUCCGCUGACGCCUUACGUGCCACCCAGCUGAAGUCAGACUUUGCGAAGGGCUGGGUCUUGGUGGCCAAGGCCAUGUGGAAGGAGGGCUCUCGUGCAGCAGCCUUGAAGCAGAUCGAGGUUGCCCUGCGGCUGGUCAGCCAACCAGAUGAUCUCCUCAUGCUCCGGGAGACCAUCCUCACAGACGUGGAGAGCUCUUCCAGGUCCAGCUCGAAAGCCUCAGGUUUCGCUUUGCCUCGAGUCUCUCGAAGCGUGUCGCCAUGUGCCACGCCCAUGCCGGGAAGCCGUGUUGCCACGCCACCUCCGAUUCGGACGCCAUCUCGGUCACCGGGCCCAGCAGGACGCGAGCCGCGUGAGCGAUCGCAGAACCGAUCCAGGAAGUCCUCCACGAGUCGUGCGGGCACACCCACAAAGUUGCCGGCCAUGCCUGCGCAUGUGGCUCGCGCUUUCGCAGCCUUGGGCGGAGAGGAGGACUAG